AUGAGCCGGGAUGUUCGCCCCAGCAACAGCAACAGCCGCAGCCGCAACAGCAACAGCAACAGCAACAGCAACUCUGCUCCUCCUGCACGCCCAGCACGCCGUUCCGACUUGGACACGCGGGCUGCGCACAGCAGCAGCAGAGCGUCGACCAGUCACGCGCACGCUCGCAACGUGAAUGCCGUCGCAAGCGCAAGCGCGAGCUCGAUCAGACUUGCUCAUUUCUCAUCCGCCGCACCCCUUCACCAAUCUCUUGGCCCCUGCAGCCCAGCCUCUUCACUUCGGACAAAGACGACUUUGCAUCCCGCUCCCAGCUCCAGCUCCAGCUCCAGCACCAGCGAUUCUAGCCAGGCUGGUCCCGCUGGAUCUGGGUCUGGGUCUGGGUCUAGAUCAGGUCCGGCAUUGGAGCGAGAGAUGGACGAGAUGGGCGCAAAGGGGCAGAAGAAGGAUGCGCAAAGAUCGUCGAGGGAAGCAGAGGAGCAGAGGGGCAAUGUUGUGCAAAGUGCUAAAGCAGACGUCCAUACGCAUGCGCGCAUGCCAUCCAAGUCCACCUCGGGUACGGGAGCCGUGGUGGGGUAUGGAAAGAGGCGCAGCGCGUCCCCUCCCACCCCGCAAGCCGGACGCGCACAUGGAGAGGUGCACGAUGCGGAUGCGGAUGCGGAUAGCAAGAUUGUGCGGAGUUACAGGCACGAGGUGAGUCAGGGGCUGCCUGGCGAGCGGUGGGGGCAAGACAAAAGGUUUUGCCUGCCCGCGUCAAAGGGUGCGCCGUUCAUUCGCGUUGGGCAUUGCAGAGUUGCGCUUGACGCGGGAGGAGUGGGACUUUUGGUCUGGGAAAGGCAAGGCAAAGCGGGCCAGAGGGCACAGGCGAUGGUCAUGCAUAGUCUUGGGAAAAGGGAGGGGCAAGGAGCAGAGCUUCGCAGCAGCUUCGCAGCAGCCGCGCAGCAUACAACCUGCUUCAACAAAGGGCUACUCGGCGGCGACUUGGUUGAUGCUCGCCCGACGCUGAAUCUCCUUUCAUCUUCUUUCUCGCGACUAAAUUGUGCAAAUUAGUACGCACCUACGUCUCGAACGACGCGUCCCCUACCCAUCCACACCUACUCUUCUCCCUCUUCCUCCUUCAACGCCUCUGCAGCGGGCAUAGCCAACGCACCUAGUGCGCGCAGCGCAGAAGCGCAUGGAAGUCUUAGUCGCAUACACGGACUUGGAGGAUCUGCAGCAGGGAGCGGUGCUGGAUCUGGAUCAGCAAGCAACGCGCAGGAACAGACGCAGAUGCAGAGCAGUGUCGCGCAGGCACAUCAAGGGGAUGGCGCGGCAACGACGACGACGACGACGGCGACGACGGGCAGCAGCGGUAUGAGGAGGAAAAAGACGGCAUUGAUCUUUCCCGGUCAAGUGAGUCUCGUUUCGGCUUUGCUGCAAGUCUCUGACUCGCUUUCCACUCCACACCCUCGAGCAUUCUCCUUCGUGACGCUGGCCCCCUCACGCUGCGGCUCCCUUUUUCAUGGGCUCACGUGUGCUCGCGCCCUUGCUCCGCACAGGGCUCUCAAUAUGUCACGAUGGCAAACGACGUGUACAGACGCUUCAGAUCAGCCCGACACGUAUGGCACGAAGCGGAGGAGUCCCUCUCUUCCCUCGCAUCGCCAUCCUCCUCCUCGCGGUCCAGCAGCAGCAGCAGCAGCAAGCGCUCAUCAAAGUCGGUGCCUGGGCAAGAUGGUGCGCAGAGAGAAGCCUUUGAAGAGGUUCUGAGAGGCACGUGGCAAGGCACGGAAGGAGUGCAAAGGCUGAUGCCCGGGCUGGGAGCGGAUGUGCGCAAGAGGGGCUGGUUGAGGGAUAUGGUGGUGAGCUGCACGUUCCUGCGGCAGGUGUUUCUGACCGCUCUUGCGCCACGACACGUGCUCACGCACAUCUCCGCCACACACACACACACACACACACCCUAACGCCUCAUUACUCACCCACCCAAGUUCUCGGGCGAUCAACUCACCCUGACACUACCCUACAACAGUCUUCCAAGCAUCCUAGUAUGCAGCCUAUCCAUCCUCUCCGUCCUUCGACAGGAUUUUUCGCGCGAUCUGAUACUGGACCACGCAAGCUUGGCUGCUGGGCACGGAGCUGGAGUCUAUGCUGCCCUGGUAGGCAGCUCGAGCCUCGCACUGGACGAUGCGGUCAGGCUUACGCGCUUCCAGGGCGUCAGGGAACACUUGAACACGCUGGAGCAUACCACGCUCUUUCCAGAGGGAUGCAAGAGACCUGAAAGCGUCUUUGAGGUGCGUUGAAGACGACGAAGCGAUGCGCGAUGCAAGUCGGCGUAGAGUGACUGAUUGGCCUACCCGAGUCCUUGCCAUUGGCCCCCUCCCCCCCUCGCAAUCUCGUCAGACGUGGGCUUUUGCCAAUUCUGGCAGGUGAGAGUGUUACGCGACGUGCGCACGCUUUUGCGAGACUGCAUGUGCCUGAUCGCAGAGUGCUCUACACCUCGAUGCUCCUCCAGCGGCAAGGGGCAAGAGACGAUUUUGGCCCAAUCUGGCGAAGCUGACAUUGACGUGGUCAAAUCGGAGAGCGCAGCGCAGGUCCGACGCAAGACGGAUUCACCUUCUGAUGGCGAUCAUUCCCCAUGCUCGUCUGCGACCAUGGAAACAGACACGCAAGGCAGACGGAUCGUCAAGGGUUGGAAGAGGAGCCAAAUGUCGGGAGUCAUGGUCAGACCGGGCAAAUUGUUGGCUGCUAUGCAGGUAGUCAGGGAUACGCAGAAGGAUAUCAGCGCUGGCAGAGUGGAGGAUGUAGCGCAGGAUGAGGUGGUGGAGGUGAGUGGAUCGCUGUUGUGCGGGUGCAUGAAAAGUGUUCCGCGGCGUCGUUUGGAUUGGGCGCAUCGGCUGAUGUGAUCUCUUUUUGUGCAGAUUGCCAACAUCAACAAUAAUCUUCAGCUGGUCUUGUGUGAGUGCUGAUCCGGGACCGUGUCCGACAUCUUGCCCACAUUUCGCCAUUCCCCCCGGCUACACACGCUCACAUUCCGCUCUUGCCGCUUACCGCCUGGGCUUUACUUAGCCGGAACGCGCGUGGGCGUUUCGCUGGCGUCGGACAGGAUACGCCAACAAUCGCUGGGUGCGCGAGCGGUCAAUCUUCCCGUUGGAGGUCCAUACCACUCCAGCCUCAUGAACCGAGCAUCGGACGAUCUGCGCGAGGCCAUUCGAUGUCUGCCUCUGAUGAGGUCGGAAGGGUAUGGGAUUGUCAGCUCGGUCAGCCAGGGUGCGAGUUUGCUGAGGGAAGCGGAGGAUAUUCGAGCGGAUUUGAUGGGUUACAGCUCCAAGGUGGUCAGGUGGCUAGAGAGCAUCGAUAAGCUGGUGAGUGGAGAUAGUCCUCUGCUUUUGCGCGUAGAAGCUCUUCUGACCCCCCCCAUCCGGCCCCCCCACGCCCAUAUUCGCGCAAUUUUCGCAGGUCGAACAGGGCGUGCAGCGCUUUGUUUGCUUGGGACCUGGCAGAGCGUGCGCUCAUUUGCUCAGCAAGGAGCUGGCGCACAAGGACAGGUUGCGCAUGUCCCAAGGUCUGCAACCUGCAGAGUACGAGGUUUGGUCGAUCACUAGCGUGGAGGAUGUGAGUAGUUUGGCCCACUUUGCGCCGGAUGCGCGCCCGGACAAGCGCUGGGUGGGCGCGCAGGGCAGCGCAACGUUGGCACAAUGGUUUGUUGAUCACUUUUUUCUCUCACCACUCUUUCUUCUUCUUCUUGUCUUGCGUUUGCCGCUCGCCAGAUCGAACAACUGGGCACGCUGCUCAGUCUAUUGUCGGAUCAAGACGCACCGCAGCGAUCGGAUGCUCGCGUAGACGUCGCAUCACCUUGA